AUGUUCUCUACGGCCACAUUUGAGGACCUUCGAAAGUCCUAUGUCGAUAACCUACAGCAGAUCAUCGUUACCCUUCGAGGAAGGCCCAGCGAGCUGGGUACCAUCGACAUUGCACAGUCGUUGAAAGACAUCUGGAAAGAUACCGACAAACUAAGAGAGGCCGGUCACAGGGCCGGAUCUAGGAGCAGCAGGGUAGUUCCCGCCUGCUUCGAAACCAGAUGCGACAUCGUCAAAGCCGAACUACACCAUCAGAGCAAAAUGAUUCGGGAAGGUAAGUUCCACCAUGAGUUUAUUAUUGCAGUAUUGGAAGUCUUCACGGUCCAAAUUGGACGACUGACCGUUGCCGAGGAAGAUGGGAACCAGUUUGCCAACGAAAUGGAGUCCCGAGCAGACGUGAUGGAUAGUGGGUGGAAAAUGAGUGCCCCGUUGAUCAACGAAGUCGCCGAGGCAGAGCGAAGCGCUGUGUAUGAUUGA